UGAGAAGGGCUUAGUUUGUUUCCGGAGCUAACAAGUCUGUCUUUACCUUCAGAGCUGCCUUCAAGUACGUGAAGAACUCUACAUUAAAUCUGGGCACCUGCCUGCUGAGAGAAAGCAAUUUUACAGGAACAUCCUCAAACUUCUCAACUGAAAACAUGAAGAAGCAAGGUUCAGACAGUAACUCUACUACAGUUACGCCAGCUCUACCAGAACCAAUCAAAGAUCUGAAAAUUAAGUACACCAAGAUAUUUAUAAACAAUGAGUGGCAUGAUUCGAUCAGUGGUAAAAAAUUUGCAGUCUUUAACCCUGCAAAUGAAGAGAAAAUCUGUGAGGUUGAAGAAGGUGACAAGGAGGAUGUAGACAAGGCAGUUAAAGCAGCUAGAAAGGCUUUUGAGCUUGGGUCACCCUGGCGUACAAUGGAUGCUUCGGAGCGAGGAAGGCUCUUGAAUAAACUAGCUGACUUAGUUGAAAGAGAUCGGCUGAUUUUAGCUACAAUGGAAGCCAUUAAUGGUGGGAAACUCUUUUCCACUGCCUACCUAAUGGACUUAGGUGCCUGUGUCAAAUCAUUACGCUACUGCGCAGGCUGGGCUGAUAAAAUCCAUGGGCGUACUGUUCCAAUGGAUGGAAACUUUUUUACAUUUACAAGACAUGAGCCUAUUGGUGUGUGUGGCCAAAUUAUUCCUUGGAACUUCCCAUUGGUUAUGUUCAUGUGGAAGAUUGCCCCUGCCCUUUGUUGUGGAAACACCGUGGUUGUCAAACCAGCAGAACAAACUCCACUCACUGCCCUUUACAUGGGAUCCUUAAUUAAAGAGGCAGGAUUUCCACCUGGAGUUGUGAACAUCGUGCCAGGCUUUGGACCCACUGCUGGAGCAGCAGUUUCUCACCACAUGGAUAUAGAUAAAGUAGCUUUCACAGGCUCUACAGAGGUUGGCAAACUGAUUAAAGAGGCAGCCGGAAAGAGCAAUCUGAAGAGAGUUACCUUGGAACUUGGAGGAAAAAGUCCUAACAUUAUAUUUGCGGAUGCAGACUUGGACACUGCGGUGGAAUUCGCACAUAUUGGUGUGUUCUAUCACCAGGGACAGUGUUGUAUAGCAGGAUCUAGGAUUUUUGUGGAGGAGCCUAUUUAUGAUGAGUUUGUUCGCCGAAGCAUUGAAAGGGCAAAGAAGUAUACUCUUGGGAAUCCUCUGUUGCCUGGUGUACAGCAAGGCCCUCAAAUUGACAAGGAGCAGUUUAAAAAAAUCCUGGAGCUAAUCGAGAGUGGGAAAAAAGAAGGAGCCAAACUGGAAUGUGGGGGAGGUCCAUGGGGAGACAAGGGUUACUUCAUCCAACCCACAGUUUUUUCUAAUGUUACUGAUGAUAUGCGCAUCGCCAAAGAAGAGAUAUUUGGACCUGUUCAACAAAUCAUGAAGUUUAAAACUAUAGAUGAAGUAAUCAAGAGAGCAAAUAAUACUACGUAUGGUUUAGCAGCAGCAGUUUUUACCAAAGACAUUGAUAAAGCAUUGACAUUUGCAGCUGCUCUUCAGGCUGGAACAGUAUGGGUUAAUUGUUAUAGUGCAGUGUCUGCUCAGUGUCCUUUUGGAGGUUUUAAGAUGUCAGGAAAUGGACGAGAAAUGGGAGAAUAUGGACUCCAUGAAUACACAGAAGUUAAGACUGUCACAAUCAAAAUCCCACAAAAGAACUCGUAAUGCUUCUUGAGGUGCAGAAUCUAACAGCUUCAAAUGAAUCUGAAAAGACCAUCUGAGUUCUUAAAUGUUUUAUUGUCCAAAUGAUUCAUUAACCUUUUUGCUUUCUAAUUAUAUGAGGUACUUGCUUGCAUUAACAAUAUAAGGAAUAACAUAGAAAAGUUUAAUUUGAUUAAUUGUGAUAAGGAAUCUUUAAUGUCUGGUACAUAACUAACUAAUUUUAAAAAUUCAUGUUCAGAAAGACCUAUUCCUAUGUUCAGUUGAGGCUCUGUGUAGUGCUAUGAAAAUUUGCCUUUUUUGAUAUACUUUACAGGUACAGUUUGAAUUUUUGUGGUCUUCUAAAUGUUAGAUGGCAAGCUCUCUUUGCAUUUUCCGUUUUUUGUGGCCUUAACAAAAGCACUUAUGAGUAGUUAGCAGAUAGAUACUUCUCUGUAUCUUUGUCCAGAUGUAUUUCUUAGACUUAAAUUUGUUCAUGAUGCUACACAAAUGUAACGUGUAUAAGGUUAAAAAAAAAUUAAAAUUCACCUGCAAAACCUA